UUAUCACGCCCGUUUUAAUGGAGAGCUAUAAUUUACGGUAGUCUUGAAGGCCACACUGUCUCCGCUAGGCUAGUCCUCAUCGCGCGACCGUCCGCCGGAGCUGUUAUUUUUGCCUCUACCCGGGUGAGCUGCUGCUGCUGCUGCGGACCGAAUAAACAUGUUGAACCCACAGAGGUCUCUGUCCGAGCUGCCCAAGAUGUCGGCGGCCAGCCAGGUGGAGAGAGCUGUGUUGGAGGAGGAGUUCAACUGGCUGCUGAAAGAAGAAGUGCACUCUGUUCUGAAGCAGCUGCAGGAUGUGCUGAAGGAGGCCUCCAGACGCUUCUGCAUGCCAACUCCAGGCCUGGAGAGUCAGCUCAAGCAGGAGAACUUUAUCCUCGGCAGCUCAACGAUGGACCAGGUGAAGGGGGUGCUGACCCUGCAGGGCGAGGCUCUGACACAAGCUGACAUAAACCUGAAGGUUGCGAAGAGCAGCCAAGUUCUGCAUUUUCAGUUCAGAGACGACAAGCAGUGGAAGCUACAGCAGAUCCAAGAUGCCAGGAACCAUGUGAUCCAGGCGUUGCAGCUGCUGGGCAGCCAUGAUGAGAGCUACCAGUUUAAGACGGGUGCUGAGGUUAAUAAGCUCAUGGAUGCUGUGAUGCUGCAGCUGACUCGGGCACGGAACCGCCUCACCACCCCGGCUUCUCUGACACUUCCAGAACUCGCAACCAGUGGUCUCAUGAAAAUGUUCACCCCUCCAAUGCCUGGUGAUGUGAUGGUGAACUUUUACAUAAACUUGAGCAAACUGUGUCUGACCGUCUACCAGCUGCACGUGCUGCCUCCAAACACCACCAAGAAUUUCAAGCCAGUUGGGAGCUCGGUGUUGCACAACCCCGGUGCCAUGUUCGAGCUCAACAAUAACCGUUUUGAGGUCAGCCAUGUUCACAAAGUGGAGUGUGUGGUGCCAUGGCUCAAUGACACUCUGGUGUUCUUCACCAUUUCCCUGCAGCUCUGUCAACAGCUCAAAGACAAGAUAUCAGUCUUCUCCAGUUUCUGGAACUACAGACCCUUCUAGUCCUGCUGAGAGCUCCUAACUGGACUAAGGGAUGUUCUGGAAGGAUUUUAUUUUUGUACGUUCUUUGUUCUGGGAACCAGCCUGAAGUGUUGCACCAUUAUGUGACGGAGCCAGUCAGACCCAACUGGUUUGAGUCGGAUCAGAAUUUUUAUAUCAGUGAGUGAUUGUUGUUAUUCUGAGUUUAUUUAAUAUUUAUCAGUUCUUAUCAUGUAGAACACUCAGGGUCACCACACACACACACACACACACACUCUCUCUCUAGGUCUUAUGGACUCUUUGGUGACCCUAUCUAAUGCAGUGCUGCUGCACCAUGAACUAAGAGAUGGAAGACCUCCAGGCCAGUAGUAGAUGAGCAGAUCCCAGAUCAGUCAGGUGGAAAGAAUCAAAGUGAGUUCUCAUCUGUGGCGAGGGUCAGGCUUCUGCUUCUGACCUGGGAUCUGCCAGAAGCCUCUCCUUGUCCCACAGAAGCACCAGCUGACCUGAUGCUUGUUGCUGUGGUUCCAGGGGUUUGUUUACAUCAGCUGUGAGGAGGUUUCUGUGCUGGUGUGUGAAAUACACACAGGCGACUUUAGUAUCAGAGGUGGGGACGGUGGAGCUGUUUUAAGUUGUUAUCUGAUCAUUCCUCACGUGGGCCUGAUUCUUUUGCUGCUCUGUAUGUAUUUAUUUUGCUCCUUACCUGUGAAACAGACACACUAAUCAGGAACAAAUGACUUAAUUCCAGUAAGUGUUAUGUUGUAUAAGCUACCAGUAAUCUGAAAUGUGGAAAUGAAUUUUCUGUGCAAUAAAGCUACUAAUGUACCUGCUAA